AUGUCAUCUUUCCAUCUUGAGUCGACAUGGGAGGAAUUCAUGAACACACCGGAAAUUCUAUGGUCAGCUGGGCCAGGAGAAUCGAGUUCUCCAUCCUCCAGUUCUGAUGAGGUCCAGUCUCCUGAUCAUCCUCUGGGGAAUAUUUCCAAUGUGGAUUUUGAGUUGACAUGGGAGGAUUUCAUGAACACACCGGAAAUUCUAUGGUCAGCUGCGUCAGGAGAAUCGAGUUCUCCAUCCUCCAGUUCUGAUGAGGUCCAGUCUCCUGAUCAUCCUCUGGGGAAUAUUUCCAAUGUGGAUUUUGAGUUUACAUGGGAGGAAUUCAUGAACACACCGGAAAUUCUAUGGUCAGCUGCGUCAGGAGAAUCGCGUUCUCCAUCCUCCAGUUCUGAUGAGGUCCAGUCUCCUGAUCAUCCUCUGGGGAAUAUUGCCAAUGUGGAGAGUGAUAAAACAAAAACAAAAGAUCAGAAACCAAAAAGGAAUCGUCACAAUUAUAAAGAAGACCAACGUCUCCAUUUGGAAGACUUAUAUUCGAGGAAUCGAUAUAUAUCGCGGGCAGACAGAAUUGUUGUUGCAGCCAUAUUUGGGCUUGCAGAAAAACAGAUAAAAGUAUGGUUUCAAAAUCGUCGGCAAGCUGAAAAAAAACAACGGCAGAAACAAUUAAACGGCAGCAAUUAG